UAUUGUUUAUAAAUUAAAUUUAUAAUGGAUUAAAUUGGUACAUUUGUUUUUCUUGUUACGAUUAUACAUAUUAUAUAUAUACACACGUAUAUAUUGUAUAUUUAGCGAAAUUAUUUUUUAUAUCACAAGAAAAAAAAAGUUUACAACUGUAUACUACUCACAUUGGUGCGGUUAUCAACGCAUUUACAAUAUCUUAUACAUAUAAAUUAAUUGGUGUAUACUAAGGAAUAUUUUUAAAUAGUACAAAAGUGCCAUAAAAGAAGAAAAAUUUUAAUAUCUGAAAUAAAAUUUAAUGAAAAAAGUUCCGUCCAAUUUUUAAUAUUUGAAAAGUAUUAAAAGAACAACAUUUUAAUUUUAAAUGUGAAGUUUUUUUUUAAAUCAAAAUACGAAAUUAUUCUUGCCUAAUAAAGAAAUUUUAUUGAAGCUAACAAUCAAAAAGCCAUAAGAAUUAUAAGGUUUUUUUUCUCCUCUCUUUUUUGUAAUUUUAAAUUUAUAAUAAUUAAGUGCAAUCAAUUUAUAAGCUUUAAAUAUUCUUUAAGAAUAACAAUUUUUUAUACUCAUAUUAUCUAUAUACAAUAUUAUAAUUUUGGUUUUCUAUACUCUUAAGAGUGACAAAGAAGCAGAAAUCCAAAAAUCAUAUUUGUAUUGAAAAAAAAUUAUGUCUUCACCACAAACUCAGGAUCUAUCAAUUUCAUCAAUUCAUUCACAUUCAAAAUCAUCUUCAUCGCCAUCAUUGCCAUCAUCAGUAAUUGAUUCAGCGACAGCCGUUACAACAAUAACAUCAACAUCAAUAGUUGAAACAGUUAAUAAUACAACACAUGUUGUAGUAUCACAUAAUAGUAAUAGCAAUAGUAAUCAUAGUCUUCCAUAUAAUACAACAACAACAACAGCAACCACAAUGUUACAUAAACAUCAAUCAUCAAAUUCAGAUUCUGAUGAAAUUUUAACAGGAACAACAACAACAUCAACAUCGACAUCAACAAAUAAUGUUAUUCAUAAAACAGAAGAUAGUCCAACAUCCGAAAUGUCUACAAUGACAAAUGUUAGUGUUUUAGAUUUACAAACUCAAGGUGCAUCAGAUGCAUCAAAAUUGUAUGAUAAAAAUACUGUUUUUAUAUAUGGUGAUCAAAAAGUAACUGAAUUAAGUGCACAAGAUCAAGUUAUUGAUGCUAGAUUAGUUGCUGCAGCACAAAAUGAAUUAGUUGCAGCUGCUGUUGCACAACAACAGCAACAACAACAACAACCACAAUUAUUGACAAAAAUUGAAAUGGACGGUGAUAUUAUACGUGUUAUUGGUCCAAAUGGUGAACAACAACAAAUUAUAAGUCGUGAAAUUAUUAAUGGUGAACAUCAUAUAUUAUCAAGAAAUGAAGCUGGUGAACAUAUAUUAACACGUAUUGUUAGUGAUCCAUCAAAAUUAUUAUCACCUGAUGUUGAUGGAUUUGAAACAAAUCAUAAAUUAACACCAGAUCCAAAUGUAUCAAUGUAUCAGACAUCACCAUUGGAUGCUUCAGUUUAUACACAAGCUGAUCCAAAAGAUUUAAUAUAUGAAAAGGAAACAAUUGAUGCAAAAUUAGAAAGUGUAUAUACAACAAAUGAUAAACAACAUCAACCAAUUGAUUUAAUUUAUGAGGAUGGCAAUAAAACAGUUAUUUAUACAACAAGUGAUCAAAAAGCAUUAGAAAUGGUAUAUUCACAAGCUGAUCUAAAUAAUUUAGUUGCCGAAGGGCAAAUUGUACUACAGGGUAAUUUACCAUAUAGUACAUCUGGUCAUGGUGGCGGACAAGCUGUUUUUAUUGUUGCAGAUUCUUUACCGCCAGGUGUUGAAGGGCAUUUACAAAGGUUAGUAAUUGUGAACGAUUUUUGAAUAUAUUUUGGAAAGAAUUCUGUAAGUAUAAACACAUGAUAUUAUAACAUGAGUUAUGUAAAUGUACUUGUAAGCUCAAAUACAUAUAUUUGUCAAAUU